AUGCGUGGUACAAUAAGAAUUCACAUAAAUAGGGAGCCCAGCAGUAGUCAAAUCAUCGGAUUCUAUCAGAUUCAUCCCAUAGACAUGCUCUUCCGUGCCCUUCUUGCUCUCUGUCUCGUCUCUUCCAUUGGAGCAGUCACUUUGGCAAUCUGUCAAAACUACUGUGCUUCUGUCAACGGAGGAGCUUCCUAUGAUAACUGUUCUCCAUGGAUCAGCUUUGCCACUCAAACCAACCAGACCUGCUACAACCUCUGUGUCCAUAACUGCGCUGCUGUUUAUGACGGAUCCUGUAUGACUGGAAACAACUUCAGAUGCUGUUUGGCUACCACUCCAGCUAAGACUCAAGAAUUCAAAGUCAGCGGAUGCAACACUCUUUACAAUAAUUUGUAA